CACAACUCCUAUUCACUCCCCACAAACGACCAAGCACACAAAUUUCAUCAUGAGGUAUGAUUGAAUAUAUCUCCCGAGAACGAAGAUCAUUCGGACAAUUCAUGCUCACUCUAACACAGUUCCCCCCUGCGACCCAGCAUGUCGUCGGCGAACCGUGGCCCCGCAAGAAACGCUCUCAAGCGUUCAAGAGAACAAGAUGAUGCGCCUGCUGAAGUCCCUGCUUCCACUCCGGCAGGGGAUUAUGGCUCUUCCCCGCCAGGUUAUGAUAUCCAACACGGCGGUGACGAUAAUGAUGAUGUAGAGGAGGAGCUUGCUCUUGAUAUUGACGAUGCAGAGGAGAUGGCCGAGGACGAGGACGGAAUUGAUCUGUUUGGAGGCAAUUUUGAGAAAGAUUACAGAUCUCGAGAAGAUGAUAUGUACGAUGCAAGAGACAUUGACGACGAGGGCGAAUACGACGACUUGGAUGUCGCAGAACGACGAAAACUGGAAGCCCGCCUCAAUCGCAGAGACCGAGAACUUGCCCGCCAAAACCGCAUGCCAGCAGCCUUUCUUCAAGAUGAGGACGAUGGAGAUUUGGAUCUUACAGCUCAGCCAAGACGUCGUCGACAUCACUAUGACGAGGACCAGGACGAUGAUAUGCAAGACGAUAUCAUGGAGGAAGAAUUGUCCCUUGAGACUUUACAAGAUGUGAAGGCUUCUAGUCUAGUAGAAUGGGUUGGCCAACAUGCAGUUCAAAGAACGAUCAAACGAGAAUUCAAGGCAUUCUUGACCGAAUAUACCGAUGAACAUGGAGAUUCCGUCUACGGAACCCGAAUCAGAACAUUGGGAGAAAUCAAUGCUGAGUCUUUGGAGGUCUCGUACGACCAUCUUUCAUCCUCGAAAGCUAUUUUGGCAUACUUCCUUGCCAAUGCGCCAGGAGAGAUGCUCAAACUAUUUGACGAAGUAGCCAUAGAAGUCACCUUGAUUUAUUAUGCCGAUUAUGAGCGAAUUCAUUCCGAGGUUCAUGUACGAAUUACCGAUCUUCCAGUUCACUACACCCUCCGUCAAUUGCGACAAACUCAUUUGAAUUGUUUGGUUCGUGUUAGUGGAGUUGUAACUCGUCGAAGUGGAGUUUUCCCUCAAUUGAAAUAUGUCAUGUUCGACUGUUUCAAAUGUCACCAAAGACUUGGUCCUUUCCAGCAGGAGUCCAAUGUCGAAGUCAAAAUCACUUAUUGCCAGAAUUGCCAAUCCCGUGGGCCAUUCAAUCUCAACUCGGAAAAGACUGUUUACAGAAACUACCAAAAGCUUACUCUUCAAGAGUCACCUGGCACAGUCCCCGCAGGUCGUCUCCCACGCCACCGAGAAGUCAUCCUUUUGUGGGAUCUUAUUGAUAGAGCCAAACCUGGAGAGGAAAUCGAAGUUACUGGAGUUUACCGCAACAAUUACGAUGCGCAAUUGAACAACAAGAACGGAUUCCCGGUUUUUGCCACAAUUCUUGAAGCCAACAACGUUGUCAAAUCCCACGAUCAGCUUGCUGGUUUCAGACUCACUGAGGAGGAUGAGCAUCAAAUCCGUACCUUGUCUCGUGACCCUCAGAUUGUCGACAAGAUCAUCCACUCCAUGGCUCCAAGUAUUUAUGGCCAUACCGAUAUUAAGACCGCUGUCGCUCUUUCGCUUUUCGGUGGUGUCGCCAAGGAAAGAAUGGGUAAACUCCACAUUCGUGGUGAUAUCAAUGUUCUCCUCCUAGGUGAUCCAGGAACAGCGAAAUCACAAGUUCUCAAAUAUGUUGAAAAGACCGCGCAUCGAGCCGUUUUUGCGACUGGUCAGGGAGCAAGUGCUGUUGGUUUGACUGCAAGUGUUCGUAAGGAUCCGUUGACCAGCGAAUGGACUUUGGAGGGUGGUGCGUUGGUGCUUGCCGAUCGAGGUACAUGUCUCAUUGAUGAGUUUGACAAGAUGAACGAUCAAGACAGAACCUCCAUCCACGAAGCUAUGGAGCAACAAACCAUUUCUAUCUCCAAGGCUGGUAUCGUUACCACACUUCAAGCUCGAUGCGGUAUCAUUGCAGCAGCCAAUCCUAUCGGUGGACGUUACAACUCGACUAUUCCAUUCUCGCAAAAUGUCGAAUUGACAGAGCCAAUUCUCUCACGUUUCGAUAUACUUUGCGUUGUUAGAGAUACCGUUGAUCCAGUUGAAGAUGAGAGACUCGCAAGAUUCGUUGUCGGCUCUCACGGUCGGUCCCACCCAGUCACCCAAGCUACCGAUGAGAACCAAAACUCGAUGGAAAUGGAGCACGAUGCCGAUGUUCGCGCUGGAGCUGUCAACGGCGGAGAGCCAAAACAAGAAGGAGAAAUUCCACAAGAGUUACUCCGAAAGUAUAUCCUCUACGCGCGUGAGAGAUGCAGUCCUAAGCUUUACAACAUCGAUGAAGAGAAGAUCUCCAAGCUUUUCGGUGAUAUGAGAAGAGAGUCUUUAGCCACCGGUGCCUAUCCAAUCACAGUAAGUCCUCCGUAGUACACUUAAACUUCAGUCUGUCUAACAAAAUCCCUAGGUCCGUCACCUCGAAGCCAUCAUGAGAAUCAGCGAAGCCUUCUGCCGCAUGCGCUUAUCAGACUAUGUAUCCGCCCAAGAUGUCGACCGAGCCAUCGCUGUCACAAUCGACUCCUUUGUCGGAAGUCAGAAAGUCAGUUGUAAGAAGGCACUUGCUCGUGCGUUUGCCAAGUACACGUUGGCUAGACCUGGUGCGGGCAAGAAGGGUGGUGCUGCUAGAGGUGGGAGGGCGGCUACUGCUGUGAUGGCAUAGAUGAGUAACGGGAUUUUGUCAUGAAUCGGGGAGUUAUGGAUACCUUUUUGCUCUUUGUUUUUGUGAGUAGAGGAGUAGGAUAGUUGUAGUGUAGAUGAGAGGCCAUGACGUAAUGAGAAAAAAUGUAUUUUAUAAUGUGAUAGUUUCGCCAGCAAGUUUAUUU